AUGGCGCAAGAGAACGCACAACAACACCAACGAGGAAUCUGUUCUACACUUAACAAGAUUCGCUACCUCGCAAUUUACAUCAACGCUAGUCCUCAGCGCCGAGAGACAUUCUACGGCUUCCAGACCCAAAAAGUGAAGCUUGUCCCGAUCCAAGAUGUAAAGACCCGAUGGAAUUCCACAUUCCUUAUACUCCGUCGCGCAAAGAGACUACAGUCUUUCUUUAACCCUUUCUGUGAAGAGUACGCUCGUCUUGAUCUACUACCAGACGCUGAAGAGUGGCGCCAAAUCGACUAUCUUCUUUAUAUCACAGAGCCAUUCUUUGAUUUUACUUUACAACUUUCAAAGACCCGGGAUAUCACUGCAUAUUAUACUUUUAAGAUCUAUAAUAAGCUCUUUGAGCAUCUUGAGAAAUCCACAAAGCAGCUAAGGCGAAAGCGUGUUCUAUGGAAGACUGAAAUGCUUGAUACGCUUACAGUAAGUCGAUUAAAACUCGAUGAGUAUUACGCACAGACUGAUCAUGUUAGAGGGCAUAUCUUUGCGAUCUGCACAAUGCUUGCACCUAUCAACAAGUUUUAA